AUCGGCAGCCUAAACAACGCCGUUCAGCUAUUAGUGAUGACAUUAAGCGUCAAAUAUGCGAAUGGGCGGAAGCAAAUAAAAACAAAAAACACCAUGAAAUUGCUCAACAUUUUAACGAAAAAAACCUUAAUAUGAAGAUUGACCGAAGUACUGUGUCUAAAAUUUUGAAAGAAAAAGACAAGUGGAAGGCCGUAGUUAGUGCUGAAGUUUCGACUAAAACAUUAGAUCAUGCUAUGAGUAUAUGGGUAGAAAAUGUAACAGCGGGAGGCGUUGCCUUAACUGAUUUGUUAAUUAAGGAAAAAGCUAAG